CUGAACUUCCCAUUUGUCAACGUUAACCUUAAGGCAACAAAGGGAACAACACUGUCGCCAUACACCUACUGCUUGUCUCCCAACCAAAGCUUUAUUUUAUAUCAAGUCUUCAGCAAAAUUGGCAACAAGCGCUCUCUUACCGUGCCCAAGACAAAAAAAAGGACAAAGGGGGCGAAACUUACGAAAGUUCCACCUACAAAGACUUACAGCAACAUUCGCUCAUAACCCCUUAGUUGUUCCAUGGAACAAUGCAUUCAUAAACUCUUACAUCAAGAACGCUUUUGCCCUCGAGGCUUCUGGAUUACGGGGUAAAUCUCCUUUUAUCUCUUACAGAUCAUCUUGUCUAUCCCUCGGCCCCGCCUGUUUCAUUCUGCUACUCUUUCGAAGGACAAUAUCAAUACUUUGCAACGAAGAUCACGAACAAACCCCGUACAUACAUACCGCAAGUCGGUAUUAAAAAUAAUAUCAUGGCGCUAAUAGACCGCAGGCGGGUUACCGCCUUCGGAUCACUCACACCAGCUGCGAUACUCGCACUUCGAGAUUCAAAUACUUCUGAUAAGCCUACAGGAACAGAUACAGAUUCGGCAGCCUCAAAUAUAGGCCAAUUUUCUACUUCAUUAAAUGGCGUCGAUCAGCCCAGUAACCUGCUGUUUAAGGAUAUGCUAUGGUGGACACUGGGUAUCAUCGCGCUUAUCGUACUUGCUAUCCGUCUUAUUGAGAUAGGAUGGACCAAGUUACGUCACGUCUCGGCCAUGGCGACCCCGGGAGAAAAGCAAACUUAUUGGAAGAGGUCGCAGUGGAGCUGGAUGCCGUGGAUGAAGAGGAAUCUUAUCUAUGCCCCUCUAUGGAAGAAGCGACACAAUCGAGAGAUCAAGAUAUCAUCUGCCAUCAGCAUAGGAACCUUGCCGUCCCGGCUUCACUCCGUUAUCCUAGGCGUCUACUUGAUAAGCAACCUAGUUUACUUAUGCCACGUGGACUGGUAUCAGGAAAAUCGAUACGCUCUGGCUGCUGAGAUCCGAGGCCGUUCCGGAAUGUUAUCUCUUGUCAACAUGGUCCCCCUUAUCAUCAUGGCAGGCCGCAACAACCCCCUUAUUGCAAUGCUAAGAGUCAGUUUCGAUACAUACAAUCUCCUCCAUCGAUGGAUGGGCCGGAUGGUCGUAAUAGAGGCUGUUAUACAUACGAUUGCCUGGGCUGUGGUCGCGGCUGCGGCCGACGGAUAUGAUGGCAUGAAUUUCCGACUGGUUCAUGACCCCUUCCUAGCUUCUGGUUUUGCUGGAACGAUAGCCCUGGUCAUCUUACUUUUCUUCUCCAUCUCGCCAGUCCGACACGCUUUCUAUGAGACGUUUCUCACGUUCCAUAUCGUCUUGGCUUUUAUUAUCUUUGCCAUGACCUGGGUCCACUGUGCGACGGCGACUCUUCCCGGUGGUCUUCCCCAGCUCCCGUGGGUGAUAGCAAUCUUUAUACUAUGGGGAGCGGAACGACUGGCUCGCAUGUUCCGUCUGGCCUAUAAUAACUGGGCAAAAGGAAAAGGCUUCACCGAAGCCGUCGUAGAACCUCUACCUGGUGAAACCACUCGCGUUACGAUGCAUUUACCUCGCCAUGUCGACAUCCAACCGGGAACGCACGCGUAUGUCCGCUUCAUGGGGAUUAAUCCGUGGGAGAACCACCCCUUCUCUAUCGCCUGGGUCGAACAUCAGCCCGAAGCCGACGCGACAACUGUAGAGAAGUCCGACAGCGAAAGCCGAAGGAGAGGCGCCACAUCGGUAUCUUUUCUCAUUGGUGCCCACACGGGUUUCACCCGGAAGCUUUAUGAAAAAGCACUUAAGGCAGGGUCUCCUUCCAUCCGGGUCAGGGCCGCCUUGGAAGGCCCCUACGCUGGCCAUCACUCACUUGACUCGUACGGUCACGCCGUGUUAUUUGCCGGCUCGACCGGUAUCACCCACCAGAUCUCCUACCUCAAGCCCUUAAUCGAGGGCUUCGACGAAGGAACAAUUGCGACAAGACGGGUUACGCUAGUAUGGAUAAUACGUGACACCGAGUCGCUAACGUGGGUGCGACCCUGGAUGGACGAGAUUCUACGAAUGCCUAGGAGGCGGGAGAUCCUUAACGUCCGGUUAUUCGUCACGAGACCGAAGAACACAAAGGAGAUCAUCUCGGCUUCCAGCACAGUCCAGAUGUUUCCAGGAAGACCCAACAUCCUUACCCUGCUCAAGAAGGAGGUCGAGGAGCAGGUCGGAGCGAUGUGCGUCACGGUAUGCGGCCCUGGCUCGCUCGCUGAUGACGUGCGACAAGCGGUCCGCAGCGUUCAGGACGAGAGCUCCGUAGUGGACUUUGUCGAGGAGAGCUUUACGUGGUAAACAGGAAGAAGAAGGG